CAUCAGAAUCGCUACAUCCGGGUACGUCCCCAGUCCUGAGCCGCACGGUGCGGUGUACACAGACAAGAUGGCAGCUUCUGUGGAAGACGAGUUUGAAGAUGCUCCUGACGUGGAGCCGUUAGAACCAACUCUGAAGAACAUCAUCGAGCAGAAGUCCCUCAAGUGGAUAUUUGUGGGUGGGAAAGGAGGUGUCGGGAAAACGACUUGUAGCUGUAGUUUGGCUGUCCAGCUGGCUGCAGUCAGGGAGAGCGUCCUCAUCAUCUCCACAGAUCCUGCCCAUAACAUCUCUGAUGCUUUUGACCAGAAGUUCUCAAAGGUGCCUACCAAGGUCAAGGGCUAUGACAACCUCUUUGCGAUGGAGAUUGACCCAAGCCUGGGUGUAGCAGAGCUGCCUGAUGAGUUCUUCGAAGAGGACAACAUGCUCAGCAUGGGCAAGAAGAUGAUGCAGGAAGCCAUGAGCGCCUUCCCUGGCAUCGAUGAGGCCAUGAGCUACGCAGAGGUCAUGAGGUUAGUGAAAGGAAUGAACUUCUCAGUGGUGGUCUUUGACACUGCCCCUACUGGCCACACACUGCGGCUGCUUAACUUUCCCACCAUUGUGGAGCGUGGACUGGGUCGUCUCAUGCAGAUCAAGAACCAGAUCAGCCCUUUCAUCUCACAGAUGUGUAACAUGCUCGGUCUGGGGGACAUGAACGCAGACCAGCUUGCCUCGAAGCUUGAAGAAACGCUGCCCGUCAUCCGCUCAGUCAGUGAGCAGUUCAAAGACCCUGAACAGACCACCUUCAUCUGUGUUUGUAUCGCUGAGUUCCUCUCCUUGUAUGAGACGGAGCGGCUCAUCCAGGAGUUGGCCAAGUGCCGCAUCGACACGCACAACAUCAUCGUCAACCAACUUGUUUUCCCUGAUGCAGAGAGGCCGUGCAAAAUGUGUGAAGCCCGCCAUAAAAUUCAGUCCAAGUAUUUAGACCAGAUGGAGGACCUUUAUGAAGAUUUCCACAUAGUCAAGUUGCCGCUGCUGCCCCAUGAAGUCAGAGGUGCAGACAAGGUCAACACGUUCUCUAAGCAACUUCUGGAACCAUACAAGCCCCCAAACAAGUGAUCUCCCUCCCUGCAGGACUUCCCUCCCCCUGACUCCCUCCUUACAGACCACACGUCUAUCUACAGUCUGACCUCCCCUCCUGUGAGCCCCCUCCUACACCGGCCUCGAACCCCACAGUAACAGCCUCAAGAUGAUCCACUCAGUCGUCAGCCCAUCACCUGAAGUAGAGCACUUCUACAGCGAGACACAGGCGCUUAAUGAAGGGGAGCUGAUCACAAACACACUAAUAUAUUCUGCUGUAUUGUUAGAGAUAAGACAGAUAAGAGCUGCCUGACUCUCACCUCACCUCCUCGUGUCUUCAUAUCCUCCGUGUGGCAGUCGAACUAUUCCUACUCAAAGCAUUUAACUUUUUCUUAACAAAAACCCUCCCCCUCCAUCUGACACAGUGUCCCAGCUUUGAUUGUGAAAAAACUAAAAAAAAAAAGUGUUUCCAGUGACGGUGCUGUGUAUUCCUCAUUUCAGAUGGUUGAUGUUUAGUCUGUGUGGUUUGGUGGCUGUGUGCGUUCUCCAGUUUGACUUUUGACUGAAAUUUUACACUAACUCAUCUCACACUCAUCCGGACCUUCCGUCCAGAUGUCGACAGAUUUAGAGUGUGACGGCAGGGCAAUGAAAACAGACACUAAGAACAAAAACAUUUCUUGUAGUCUUCAAUAAUUUUUGUUCUCGACCGAGACCUAAAAAUAGUCUGUGCCUCUGUUAUGGUUUUAACUGGACGGUCUUAAAGCUAGGGUUGGUAAUCCUGGAGAAGCUAGCAAAUUAGAAGUCUACACCAUAUUUCAGACACACCCCCCCUUCCCAUUGUCCCUCUCGUCAAAGCUAUGCCCCCGAAACACAUGAAAGCUCACUGGCUUACAACCGCCAAUCGACUUUUUUGUGACUAGCUCGCUAACUGCUGGCUAAUGUCUCUGCUUCAGAGGGGUUAUGUCUCCCAGACUUGUGAAGACCCCGGUCAUGCGUCAUGAGGGCAUGAACAGUGUGCUCGCAGGCAGACGUGUCUGUUAGUGACAGACAGGUAUUUAUUGAUGGCUAUCAGGACGUGAAGAGGAUUUCAAUAAGUUACCAACCCUUCCUUUAUUGGCCUCAGUUGAAUAUUGUAGGCCUCUGGUUGGGACCAGAUGUUUCAAUGGCUGAAGUUUUAUUAUUAAUUCUGCUGAAUCCCCAACACAUGCUCCCACCAGCUCUUUAUAUCAUUAUAUCUCCGCCCUGUUUACUUGAGACUAUAACCUAUGGGAGCACUAUUGAAAAACAGUAGCCUUAUUAAUUAAAAAUAUAUUGAAUGUUGCUUGAUUAAUGAUGUUGAACCAAUGAAUGGUGAGGAAAGCGUCUUUGCCCUGGAGUGGACUCUGACUGGCUCAUCUGAUGCUUGAUUUCCUUCAUUUCCCAACGGACAGGUACGCCGCUCAAUCAAACUCUCCAUCUCUCCCCUCUGUAACUGAAUGCUUUUAAUCAAUACGAAGCUGUUUUCUAUAAAUUAUUUAGCAAGUGUUGAUUAAAAUGAACUUGCCUCA